UUCCGCCCCUCUUCCGUGCAGUGCUGUGGUGAGCGCGUGUGCCCCGGAGCGAGCCUCGGCACACAUCUUAUUAAAAAAAAUCAAAAAUACAAAAAAAUUACAAAACAAAAAAUCUACAAAAAAUCUCUUUUCGUGUCUGUGACCGGGACUCGGUGAAGCAGCGGAGCCGCAGCGGGUUGAUCAGCUUUAGCUAACGGAGGAGAUUAGUGUGUGAGUUAGCCGAACUAGCAGCGCUCUGAUAUGAGGGAUUAGCUUAGUGUGCUAACUUGUUAGCAUUAGCUGAAGCCAGCUCACAGCGUGGUGUUUAAGUUUCAUCUUUACAGAGUUAUCGCUUUAUUAUAAUCCGGUUGGGACCUAAUCGGUUUAUCGGCUAAAAUAUAAAUAACCUCCAGCCCGGUUGCCAUAGUUACCGAGCGUUAAAUUAGCCUGUUAGCUUGUGUGGUGUAGCGCGUGCUCAGUGUGUUUCCGGUUGCUCGGUGUGAGUGUACAGUAGGUGAAGAUGAAUCCCAGCGCUCCCAGUUACCCCAUGGCCUCCCUGUAUGUGGGGGACCUGCACCCAGACGUCACCGAGGCCAUGCUGUAUGAGAAGUUCAGCCCUGCGGGUCCCAUUCUCUCCAUCCGCGUGUGUAGGGACAUGAUGACCCGCCGAUCCCUCGGGUACGCCUACGUCAACUUCCAGCAGCCUGCUGACGCUGAGCGAGCUCUGGACACCAUGAAUUUUGAUGUGAUUAAGGGGCGUCCUGUUCGGAUCAUGUGGUCCCAGAGAGACCCCUCUCUGAGGAAGAGUGGCGUCGGGAACAUCUUCAUCAAGAACCUUGACAAGUCCAUCGACAACAAGGCUCUGUAUGACACCUUCUCGGCGUUCGGGAAUAUCCUGUCCUGCAAGGUGGUGUGUGAUGAAAACGGCUCUAAGGGUUACGGCUUUGUGCACUUUGAGACCCACGAGGCUGCAGAAAGAGCGAUAGAGAAAAUGAACGGCAUGCUGCUGAACGACCGCAAAGUGUUUGUUGGACGCUUUAAGUCCCGUAAAGAGCGUGAGGCUGAGAUGGGAGCUCGCGCCAAAGAGUUUACAAACGUCUACAUUAAGAACUUUGGCGAGGACAUGGACGACGACAAACUCAAAGACAUCUUUACCAAGUUUGGACCUGCACUGAGUAUUCGGGUCAUGACUGAUGAUGGUGGAAAAUCAAAAGGGUUUGGCUUCGUGAGCUUCGAGAGACAUGAGGACGCUCAGAGAGCUGUGGAUGAGAUGAAUGGAAAGGAGUUAAAUGGGAAACAGGUAUAUGUUGGUCGGGCGCAGAAGAAAGGUGAGAGGCAGACAGAACUGAAACGCAAGUUUGAGCAGAUGAAGCAGGACCGCAUGACACGCUACCAGGGUGUGAACUUGUAUGUAAAGAAUUUGGAUGAUGGUCUGGAUGAUGAACGUCUCCGCAAAGAAUUCUCACCUUUUGGAACCAUCACCAGUGCCAAGGUGAUGAUGGAGGGCGGUCGCUCGAAAGGGUUCGGCUUUGUGUGUUUCUCAUCUCCAGAGGAAGCCACGAAGGCAGUGACGGAGAUGAACGGUCGGAUCGUAGCCACCAAGCCGCUGUACGUCGCUCUCGCUCAGCGCAAAGAGGAGCGUCAGGCUCAUCUCACCAAUCAGUACAUGCAGAGGAUGGCCAGCGUCCGUGCCGUCCCCAACCCCGUCCUCAACCCCUACCAGCCUGCUCCUCCAUCAGGGUACUUCAUGGCUGCCAUUCCUCAGGCUCAGAACAGAGCUGCGUAUUACCCGAGCAGUCAGUUGGCGCAGCUCCGCCCAAGUCCUCGCUGGGCCACUCAGAGUGUCCGUCCUCAGCAUUUCCAGAACACGAACACGAUCCGUCCCGCAGCGCCACGUCCACAAACCUUCGGUGCCAUCCGCCAGACCACCAAUCAGGUGCCCCGAAUGAUCACAUCACAGCGGAUGGCAUCCCAGCCUUUGGGGCCGCGCCCAGCCAGUGCAGCAGCAGCUACAGGAACGGCACCAGUGCGAGCAGUGCAGCAGUACAAAUACACACCUGGAGUACGCAACACACAACACCUGCCCACACAAGUUCCCCUGCCACAGGCUGCGGUGCAUGUACAGGGUCAGGAGCCUCUCACUGCCUCAAUGCUGGCCGCUGCCCCUCCACAGGAGCAGAAGCAGAUGCUGGGUGAGCGUCUGUUCCCAUUGAUCCAGAACAUGCACCCAACUCUGGCUGGGAAAAUCACUGGCAUGCUACUGGAGAUUGACAACUCAGAGCUGCUGCACAUGCUCGAGUCUCCUGAGUCUCUGCGCUCUAAGGUGGAUGAGGCGGUGGCGGUACUGCAGGCUCACCAAGCAAAGGAGAAUGCUCAGAAAUCAGUGAGCAGUGCAGCUGUUCCAGCUGUUUAAUGGAGCUUUAAACAGAAACAGAAUCAUUCCCACUGCACUCGGCUGCUUCACCAACCUACGCCCAGGGCCGUAAAAAUAAAAACUGAAAAAAAACUGAAAAGAGAAGUAGGCGUGAGACACACACUGCCGGGUCGCAUGCCGACCCAGAGUCCAACUAAAACUGAGAAAAAAAAAAAAAAGAAAAAUGGAAACGCUCAUUUAUCAUUUCUUUGUUUUUAUUCUUCUCGCUGUCUGAGAUUUAGAAUGUCACUCAAUGUGUGUGUGUGUGUGUGUGUGUGUGUGUGUGUGCGCGUGCGCGUGUGUGUGUGUCACUCGAUAGCUGAGCUUUGGAAACGUGAAUUGGAUUAAUAAAGAUUGAAACAGG